AGUUUGCCGCUGACCGGCCGAGGGCUCUGCUUAACCCUCCCACUUUUCCCGGGUCGCUGACCGAGCGGGUGGCCUGCUCGAAAUAAGGGCCUAGAUGGCCGGGGAGCAAGGAGGAAGCUCGGGCUCGUCUCCCGCCGCGACGCCAAUAGCCGGUUCCGGGUUGGCGGGAGAAGAGGACGGCGGCUAUGACAGCAAGUGCAUUUUCUGCCGAAUCACUCACGGGGAGGAGACGGGCACCGAGCUGCUGCCUUGCGAGUAUGAAGAUUUGGUAUGCUUCCGAGAUAUCAGACCAGGAGCGCCUCAUCAUUAUUUAGUGGUACCAAAAAACCACAUUGGAAAUUGCAAGACUCUUAAGAGUGAGCAUAUACCAUUAUUGGAAAGAAUGAUAGCAGUUGGAAAAGCUAUCCUUCAGUGGAGUAAAUGUGCUGACUUGAACGAUAUAAGGAUGGGCUUUCACUGGCCUCCCUUCUGCUCCAUAGCUCACUUGCACCUUCAUGUCUUGGCUCCAGCUAGUCAGCUGGGAUUCUUAUCCCGGAUGAUAUACCGAAUCAAUUCCUAUUGGUUUAUCACAGCUGAGCAGCUGAUGGAACGGCUGAAAGCUGAAAGCACUACAAGUUGAGGGAAACCUGCCUCUGAACUGUACCAUCUUUCUGACCUUUGAAUACCGAUUAAAGGAUUGGAUGUAGUUGAUAACAGGCUAGACUUUUUAAAACAACUACUGAAUUUGCUGCUAUAUAGUGUUUGAACUAGUUGUUAGUAAACACUCUACAUUAAAUUUCUCAGGCAAAUAUCUGAAUGCAAGAACGUAUAAGAUCACAAAUACCUAUCUGUUCAAAUGCAAAGAAUCCUUGAAACAUGAGAUGCCAUUAAAAUUUAAUAACUGUACCUGACUUUGACUGUUUUUGUCUUAAUGCAAGGUUUGUGCCUAUAAAAUACAUUCCUGAUCUUUUUAGUAUUGUCUUGGUGCUAUAUUCUAUCACUCCAAGUGUACAUGAUUACAGGCACAGAAUGGCUAACAAGCCAUUGUCCGGAGUAUGACUUGCUUACUCUGUACUUUCAAUGUAAGACUUUAGUUGGUACAUUGAAUUUAGAAUAUGUACUUGAAUGUGAACAGUUUUAAAUAAUGUUAGUAUUUAAAUGCAUGUAUUAAGGUAGUUAGGGAGUAAUAAAACAUUAUAAAAUUAUGCAAUAGUUUGUUUGGACUUAGGGUCUAGCAUAAAAUAUCAAAUUAUUUAAUGUGGAUAAUUGGAUUAACAUUUGUUUGUCAAGGAUGCAGAAAUCGUAGAUUCUCUUGAAUCUAGCAUGGAAUGACUUUCACAUGUUUACUUUUUAAACUAUAUAGGCAGGUAUUCACACAGAUCUGUUACAGCAAAAUGAUUUUAAGCAAGCACUGAUAUUGUGUGUUUUAAAAGCAUGCAGUAGACUAGUAUUCAGAGAAUGCCAAAAGUAAACCAUGUUGUUUUUUAUGGCUUUAAAACCUGUUUUAUUUAUUCAAAACUUAGCAUGCAUUUAUUUCAAUAUGACUCCUAACUGCUUGUAAAAGUUAUUAAAAAUAUUUAUUCAAUUUAUUGUCAGGGAUGAUGGAUAAACAUGUUUAAUCAUGUUCAAAUGUUAAUGUGCUAAAAUAAAAAGAGACUGCUCUGAUAAUUUAUGUGAUGGAACUGUGAAACAUAUAACUUAAUAUGUUAUGAAAAGGAAACCUUUAAUAAAAUUGUUACUCAUA